AUGAAUCCGAUAUGUCAGUUUAAGACAAAUGCUACAGUUCGUCUCCAUCCAUAUGCUGCAAAUAGUGCACGAAAUGCCAAGAAUGAAGACCAGCCCAGCAGGAAUGAGGUUAUGGCAGCCCAGGCAUCUCCUGAAAAUACAAGAGAUGAGGUGGAAUGUGUCAAUCUCAUGGCUGCAGUUGACAACAUGUCCGCAGAUGAAAUGAGGACAAGGCUGAAGAGAGCUAUUACAGCUUGCCCUGAAUUAAUGCAGCCUUUCAUAAUUGGACAGCAACAUGGUUCUGGACAGGUUUCAGGCAGCUCCAAUUCAAGUGUGCCAUGGUGUUCAUGUGGAGGAUGUCAGAUUUAUGAGGACCCCCGCAUGAACAUCUGCUGCAGGCAAUCUUCAUGCGUUACAUCAAAGCCUGAUUUCCGCAAUCUCUGCUUGAGGCAUGAUGUGCUGGAGAUUGCCAACAUCUUGAAUUGGAGCUUCCAAACCAACCAGGACCCUAGCUUUUGCAUGUCCAAAUUUAGAAACCAGGCUUACAGAAACUUUAUCUUGUGGCAACAUGGCCGUCUUGGUGCUGGAAGACGCAUUCCAGUACCAGCCUGUGUAACACAUACAGUUCGCCUUAGGUUCCCCCAGAGUAACAGACAAUACACUGGGUACCAUUCUGCAUAUUCAGAUUCUGACUGAGCAACAUGUACCUACUUAUGUUUAGACAUAGUUAUGAUUAUUGGGCCCAUAUGAUAUAUUGAAUGAUUGA